UAAAGAGCAAUGCCCACUCCUUCGAUUGUACGAAUUUUAAUCUAGAAUAUUGAAUUUAAGUCGAUUCCCUGAAGAUGAAUCCAUAUUUAGAACCUUCUGUAUUAUUUGCAAUUGUAAUGGCCGUGUUAGUGAUAAAUGCAUGCUCCCCAUUCCUUACAGUUGUAUCUACUGUGCUGUUUUCUAUACUAAACGUAAUCAUAUUUUUACUAUUCGACUACAUUUCGUCAACGUAUGGUGAGUUAGCUCCUCUGAAGUUAUUUCUGGAGAUCUCGUUAAGUAAUUCUUUGUUAUGGAUCAUGGAAUUAAUUCUAUUUAUGGAAAAUCGAUACUUUCUGCUAUACAAAAGGAAUUUCGGUGGCUGUAAUUUCGUCCACCUCAUGCUGCUUUUUAUACAAGUUAACGUCUUCGCAUUCGUUCUAUACUGGUCAUCGAAUAUUAUUGAAGAUUUAACACUUCCAAAAGCAUAAAUUGAAUGUAAAUGGAACCUUUUUCUUUUGGCAGAAGUACUAAAGAAUGUCGACAACCUAACGAUUUGAGUAAUUUUUAAUAGUAAAACUAAAUGAAAUUUUUUAGUGUGUUUUAAUGGAUUUUUAAGCUUUCCAAUCUUACAAAUUUAUAAAGAUGUUUUUACCUGUAAAGAUGCUAAAGUAGCUUCUAGAUUCACUUUUAUUUGUACGAAUAGCAAAUAGGCUAAAUGUGGAAUCAUUAAGUAAACUUGUACUUUUUCAUAACUUUGCGAGAAACGAGUCCAUUAAACUGAUACAAAAUCAAUUUAUCCUUUUUUUAAAAAAAAAACUGGGAUAUUAAUACCGAUAUGUAAUGAUUUUUAAUCAUGGUUUGAAUAAAGAAUUUUCUGAAAGUCAAAUUAUAAUUUCUCAAAC